AUGGCUCCGGCUAAGCAAGCCAAACUGACCGAUCAACUCCGCCAUGUCAAAAAAGACCGCCUACUGACAACGCAAGAAGACGACGAGGUAGACUCUUUUCAAACUUCUACAUUGAUACAAGAGAGUGAGACCAGUCAGUAUACAGUUGACCCUGUUUCAUAGACAAAACUGUACGCUAUGCUGCAGAGCUUUAAAAUUAUCAUGCAGUCUGAUCUGAAAGAGGUGACUAAUGAGAUCAAGAAGGAGAUGGCUGAGAUGGGUGAAAGAACCAAUAGUUUAGAAGCUUGCUCGGAUAAAAUCUGCCAUGCACAGAACAAACUAGCGGAGAGUAUAGCUUCCCAUACCGAUGAAUGCAAGUUACUAAAGAGGAAAUUGGCGGAUCUGGAGGACCGCUCAAGGUGGAGUAACGUCCGGUUUCGUGGAGUACUGGAGAGUAUUUUGAAAGAUCAACUCUCAGGAUUCUUAGUGACACUAUGCAGGUCAUUGGUUCCAGAACUCGCUGAGCCAGAUUGGCUUAUGGAUCAAACUCAUCGCUUACCGAAACCACAGAGAGUGGGCUCUGAGCUACUGCGUGAUGUAAUAGCACACUUCCAAUUUUACAAAUCAAAAGAAGCGUUGCUUAAAGUGACAAGGAAUAUACCAACCUUACCUGAACCAUAG